ACUCACGACUCAGGCUCCGGGCCCAUGUGAUGGGCUGGCUGUGACGCGGGGAACGUCACGCGCCUGCUCAUUACGCGUCCUCCUUGUCUUCGUCCUCAAUCUCUCACCAUGGAUCCCACUCUCCGCAUUGUCCCCGCAACAGGCGCGAAGUCCACUAACAUCAAGGACACCGCCAACACCCUCGGCCUUCACGACACCUUGCAAUACGGCCCGCGCACUCUCGCAACUGAGAUCAACAGAGGGGAUGGAUUCCAGCAGCGGAUAGAGAACUGGGCAGAGACGCAGGACAACCUGAAGCUCAACAUGCAGCGCAAUGUGUACGGGAUGCAUGCGCCGAUGCGGCUUCUUAUGGAGCGCAAGAUUGUCACGCAGGGCAUGCAAAGCCUCCCCGGCAUGCCACAAUCCAACCUCCACCUCGACAUCCUGAUGGGCCGCGACGAGACGAUCGAGCCGGCGGAUAUCUUUCUUGGCCCCGAGCGUGCCCCGCCGCUUGACAUGCACCAGGAGAUGGAGAAGAAACUCAAGCUAUAGACCACCAAUCCCAUUGUAUUCUACGUUUGCAUUUGCAUGAUAUGAUGUCUCUUCCCGCCUAUCUACUCGUCCUCAUCCGCCUCGCACCAUUAGGCGCACGUCAGCCCGCCUCAAUCCCCCGCCCACCCUAAGCGCCGCAGAUCACGCCUACAUUCUUCUGUAUCCCUCUGCACGCGCGCAUAGUCGUCCACGAUUUGCUUGAACCCGGA